AUGUCAGCACAAAUAACCCUUGAUGCUGAACUUGGCACAAAAUAUGAAGAUUCUGGUGAUUCCUUUGAUUACCCCAUGUUGUUAGAGGGGACCACUUCAAAUCUACAGCAGGAGCGUUCAGAGGAGGAUACAGCCUACUUGCAGCCAUUUGGUUGCUUGUUGGUGCUUGAUGUAAUGAGCCUCAAUGUCAUUGCAUUCAGUGAAAAUGCACCUGAGAUGCUUAAAACAAUCAGCCAUGUAGAGCCAAGUAUCUAUGAAUCCCCAAUGUUGUCCAUUGGGACGAAUGCAUUGUCACUUUUCGUGGAAUAUAGUGCCACAUCACUACACAAGGUACUAAGGUCUGCUGAUGUUUCUUCUUUGAAUCCAGUCCUAGUUGAAUGCAGAUCAUCGAGCAAGCUAUUUAAUGCCAUUGCCCAUAAGAGUCAUGGCUUAGUGGGAUAUGAUAGAGUCAUGGCUUACAAGUUCCAUGAAGAUUAUCAUGGUGAGAUCAUUGCUGAGGUUAGAGAACCUGGUCUUGAACCAUUUAUUGGCCUACACUAUCCAGCCACUGAUAUCCCUCAAGCCGCCAGGAUUCUUUUCAUGAAGCACCAAGUUCAAAUGAUAUGUGACUGCUCUAUGAGGCCAGUGAAGAUUAUCAAAGACGAGGAACUCCCUUUUAAUGUUAGCUUGUGUGGUUCAACUCUUGGGGCGCCACAAAGUUGUCACCUUCAGUAUAUGAAGAACAUGAAAUCGGUUGCCUCUCUAGUAAUGGCUGUUGUGAUAAAUGAAAAUGGAGAAUAUUCUGAUGCCAAGCAUGAACAACCAACAGAAUGGCGGCGCCCGAGGAAGAAGCUAUGGGGCCCCAUUGUUUGCCAGCAUAUGAGCCCUAGACAUGUCCCCUUUUCGCUACGGCAUGCAUGUGAAUUCAUAGCACAAGUAUUUGCUGUCCACAUAAAUAAGGAGCUAGAAUUGGAGAAGCAGAUGUGA